UUGAAUUGAGUAUAGCCGUAAAAUCCCCCAAGUAAUCAAUGAAUCAAAAGACUUACAACAAUGGCAACUAACAAAUCCAAUCUUCUCACCAUUUUCCUUCUCCGCCUCUCCCUCCCACCGCAAUGAACAACGGCACGGCCGAAACCGGCGGAUUUCUCUCCUCAUCCAACAUCGGUGGUUUCGGCUACGGAAUUGGCGUCUCCUUGGGGCUUUUGAUUCUCAUCACUACAAUCCUCUUGGCUUCCUAUUACUGUACCAGAAACGGCCUAUCCUCCACCUCCGUCAUUCAGAGUACUGCCAGUCGCUCGCCGCCGCAAGCGGUGGCGGAAUUAGAUUCCGUCGUUGUCGAAAUCGGACUCGAUCAGGAAACGAUUACGAGUUAUCCGAAAUUGCUGUAUUCUGAAGCGAAGCUUCAGAAGAACGAUUCGACUGCUUCUUGUUGUUCAAUCUGUUUGGCUGAUUAUAAGAACUCGGAUGUUCUUCGGCUUUUGCCUGAUUGCGGUCAUCUCUUUCAUCUCAAGUGCGUCGAUCCGUGGCUUAGACUUCAUCCGACCUGUCCGGUUUGCCGGACGUCGCCGAUUCCUACACCGUUGUCGACUCCUCUAGCGGAGCAAGUUCCAUUAGCGAGCCGGCGCGAUUGAAGAAGAAGAACGUAACACGAUCUGGAUUUAUCGAAUCGAGGUCGUUUUCGCCCUUUUUUGUUUUGUUUUGUUUUGUUUUACAGAUUGAUUUCAUUGCAAUGGAUCUCUAUAGUUGGAAGUACUCACAAUCAAUCUCCUUCAAGGUUAACAAAAUUUUUUUAGUUUAUUCAAUGAUAUACUCAUUUUGGUAUACUUUGUUCUGGUAAUGUUUUUUUAGUACAUUUUGAAUCUACACUUCAGAUGAAUUCUUGUGUAUGGUAGUUUUGUUUUAUUUGUAAAAUAUUUAAUAUAAAUUUUAUUACUAUAUGUGAAAAUAGUCUUUUUUUUUUCUUAAUCAUAGCGAUUUCUCUUUUUUUCUUUUUUUCUUUUUUUUUUACAUUGAUGUUGAAGACAAUAUUUUAAGAGAGAAUCAUAUUUUCUCCCUUAAUAUUAUUAAUUGGAACUUUCAAUUUUACUUUUA